AUGGGGCAACGCCUGGAGUCGUUGGAUGGCUUGCGUUGGCUGGCCUCGUUUCAGGUGGUGCUCUGCCACUUGCGCGACUGGUGGGACUCCCUCUACUGGGGCUCGGUCUGGACUCAGUUUUUCUUCCUCUUGAGCGGCUUCGUGCUGUCCUAUGCCGAGAUGACGCGGGCCGAUGCCGGCUCCAGAGCGGUUCCGGUGCUGAGCCGGUGGGAGUACACCCAGAGGCGAUUGAGGAACCUCUACCCUUUCUACCUGGCGGUUCUGCUCAUUUCAAUGAUCCAAUGGAGCCACAGUUGGUUUGACUGGCAGACGUUGGUCUUGAACCUGACUCUGCUGCAAGCUUGGAUCCCUAUCUUUGAUCAUGGUUUCCAUGGGACUUGGCCACCCACUGCUUUGAGGUGGGUCCCCGUGGCCUGGUUUCUCAGCGUCUUGUUGUUCUACUGGCAGUUGGUGCGUCCAGCUGCCUACCUGGCUCAGCAGUUCUCACUGAGGAUGGCGCUUCUAAGCUUGCUGGGCUUAUGGCUUUGGACGCUGGUGGUCUUUCUCUGUUGGGAUCUAGGAUCUAGCUAUGGCCAGAGCGUCUUCACCAUGACCGCCCUGAAGUUCGGCCCGGCCGGCUAUCUUCAUGUUUUCUUCAGCGGGGUGGUGCUGGCAAGGGUCUUCAUCUGCUGCCAGGGUGAGGAACCUCACCGGUUGAAGUUGAUCCUGGGAUGCGGAAGCCCGAUCGCUUUGGGAUGCUACCUGUGUCUUCUUUACAUCUUUGCUGCCGAUGGGCCCAUCUUCUAUCUCUGCCACAAUGGUGGAAUUCUGCCCCUCAUGUGCCUCUUGCUCUUGGCCUGUGCCAGUGAGCUUGAUCCUCUGGUGCCUCUCCUCAAGUCGCCGAUGGGCCUAGUCUUGGGGCGGAUCUCGUACUCUCAGUAUCUCAUCCAGACGAACCUGCUGAGUGCCAUGAGAGAGCACUUGGAAGAGCGUCUAGGUCAAUGCUUUAUCCCAGUCUACCUGCUCACCCUCUUCUUGGUGGCCUAUCUCUUCGAAGCCAUGAUCUCCACACUCCUGCGAGGCGUCCUCGACGCAGCAGGACACCCAAGUUCGCCGUGGCCGUGUGAGGCUUCGACGAGUAGCGAGGACGGCAGCGAAUCGGACCUGUGCCGCGCUUGA